GGUAUUCAAGACCAAGAGGAACGAUAACUGAGUGAGAAACUGCACGAAAAAUGCAAGCCUACCCCGAGGAUCAUGGAUUACAUCGUGUUCCUGACGACAAACUCUACAACGGAACGAACAACACUAGCGAAGGAAAGAAACCCUUGACGCUUCGCGAGCUCAUCGAUGCUCUGCACAAAGCUUUCGAGACCGACCACGUGAGCAUCGACCAUGUUCAGGAGCUUAUGGUGUCAUACAGGAGUAACCCUUCUGAAUGGAAGAAAUACGCAAAGUUCGAUAGAUACAGAUACACUAGAAACUUGGUCGACGAGGGAAACAGAAGGUUCAAUCUCAUGGUGUUGUGUUGGGGGGAAGGCCAUGGAUCAGCCAUACACGAUCACGCGAAUGCCCAUUGUGUGAUGAAAAUUCUGCAGGGUGAACUUUGCGAGACGCGAUAUGCGUGGCCCACGAAAAGUGAGACCAACGAUCGAACAAACGAACCGGAAGAACUGAAGGAAUUGGAGAAAAAUACUCUUGAACUCAAUGAAAUAUGCUACAUCAAUGACUCGAUGGGACUUCAUCGUGUCGAAAAUCCAAGCACCGUAAAUCCUGCUGUGUCUUUGCACUUGUACUCGCCGCCAUUUUCUUCUUGCUCAGUCUUUAAUAAACAGACUGGCCAAAGGACAGCGUGUAACGUGACUUUCUGGUCCAAGUACGGGGAGAAGAGAAACCGAGAAAUCCAAAACGACCGGCAUCCCGAAGACAAUUAAUGCAUCAAAGAUAACGUUCGUUACGACUGCAAUUUUAUAAAACACUUUUAUUGAGAUAAGCGAUGCGAAUUUUAUAAUUCAGACGGUUUAAUGUACAGCUGUAUAAAGCCUUUAGUACUUAAAUAUAUUUAUAUGGACGUUCAUGCACUUCUGCGGAAUUAUGCUCAAAUAUAACGUUCCUGAAAUUUUAUUACGUGCCUUGUUAUUAUAAUGUGACUUGAAAAUAAAGAAUUGGAAAU